AUGAAACGAUUUGAUCAAUUAAUUUCCGAUGUAAAUGUACAAUUGGAGACAUUAGAAGCCAAAACACAUGCUGUACCAGAAGGUCAUUCACGUCAAACAAGCGUUGUGCACACUUCUAGUGUGGGAGAGCUUUUUGCGCCAAAAACCGAUGAGGAAAAUGUUUCAUCAGGCAUAACUUACGUGUCUUCAUCAGAAACCGAUUUAUCACAGCGUGAUUCAAAUCAACUUGCGCAAAUUGAUAUCGAACUGACGCAAUUAGAACAACGUUUUGAUAACAUCGAAAUGCGUAUACAAGAAGAUGUAGAAGCAGAAGAAAUUGGCAUCGAGUUCCCGAUAGCUGAUAUAAUCGACUAUGCGACAGCAAUUAAAGUAGCAAUGUAUAAACGACAUCUGUUAACCAAUCAAUUUCACCGAAUUAUUCUGGAUGACAAAAAAUUUGAAGAAGAAGCCAAAUUGUUGACGAAGGAUUUUGUUAGUUGGACAAAAAAAGAACAUAAAGAUUUAUUAACGAAAAUGGCUCAGUUAGAAGAGUCAUUAAAUAAACUUCAACAAUUUCCGUUUGUUUACGGUGAUGAAUUUAAUAUGUAUUAUCCGUUGAUGGAUGAUUUGGGUCUACUGAAACGCCUUAUUUCACGAUUUAUGGACAAAUAUGAGGUAUAA